GAACGAUAAUGACAAGUCGACUACGUCUCUCUCACCGCCUCGUCGGUAUCCGAUCUUCGGCAGGUUUGUGUCCGGUCUAUACAAGUCGAAGUUAUGAGUUCGGAAGCUUAUGCCUCGAGGUUGAGAAUGAUGAGAUGGUUUUUGGUAUAUUACAAGAAAUGGGGUUUGAAGUGGAUGAUCAACGAUGUGGAGGUGAGAUGAAAUAAAUACACAGACAGACGUAAGACAAGGGGAGUACGGCGUGGAUUCCCGAGCGGGAGAAGAUGCGAAUCCUGCUCUCGUCCGAUGAUGAAAGAACUUUGGGGGAAAGAGACAAGCUCGUCGUAGGUUGUCCGUUUGUCGGAUUGUUCGGGGCUGUCAGUAUAGCCAGAGUAGUGUACAGAGUAUGUACACCGUGUAUCCUUGUAAAAGUAGGA